AUGGAAAAAAGCAGAGAAGCUGAAACUUCGACUUCAAUGGCAACCAUAGAAAACAUACAGAAACGCCUGAUCCGGCCUUCUCUGCAAUCUCAACCAUGGAGCGGUAGGAUCAACAGCCAAAUUUCCUCCAAAUUCACCGUGAAUUCAACUGCGUUGAUGAUGAAGAAAACGCAAGAGACGAGAAUUCGCAAAUUAGAAGAUUACCUGCAUCCGGUUCUUCUCUCUACAGCUCGUGAGAAAAUCAGCGGCAACCGGAAGAAACACCACGGAGCAGAGAUAAAGAAGGCGACAAAGUGCGCGGUCCAGGAGUUUGAUCUAUUCCGGUGGUCAGGUGGCGGAGAUCAUCAUCAGAGGUUCAGUGCUUUAGCUGGGGGUUCAACGGCCGGAAUAUCAGAGGUGAAGAAAGAGGAAGACAGAAACGACGCCGUCGAUCUCAGUAAAGACUAG